AUGAUGAUGAAGUCCAUGGUCAUGUUGGUUCAACUCAUAUUGAUUGUAUUAUCAGGAUCUGUGAAGAGUGGAAAUGCAGGAAUCACCAGUUCUUACGUUCGCUCUGCGUUUCCAUCUACUGAUAUCCCUCUCGAUAAUCCAGUAUUUAAUCCUCCUCCUGGUUAUAAUGCACCACAACAAGUGCAUAUAAUCCAAGGUGACUACAAUGGAAAAGCUGUAAUAGUGUCAUGGGUGACUCCUGAUGAACCAGGCUCCAACAAAGUGUUCUAUGGCACGUUCGAUAAAAAAUAUGCUUUUAUCGCCGAGGGCACAGUCACCAACUUCACAUUUUACAAAUACAAAUCUGGUUUUAUUCAUACUUGUCUCCUUAGUGACCUUCAGUAUGAUACCAAAUACUACUACAAGCUUGGGGAGGGUAAUUCUUCUCGAGAAUUUUCCUUCGAAACGCCUCCCGCGAUCAAUCCGGAUUUACCUUAUACGUUUGGAAUUAUCGGUGACCUGGGACAGACAUUCAAUUCAUUGUCUACUCUAAGACAUUUCAUGAAGAGUAAAGCUAAAGCUUUGUUGUUUCUCGGAGAUCUAUCUUAUGCGGACAAAUAUCAGUAUAACUGUGUUGGUAUAAGAUGGGAUUCUUGGGGUCGUCUUGUUGAAAAUAGUACUGCUUAUUUGCCCUGGUUUUGGUCUAUUGGAAAUCAUGAUGUUGAGUACUUCCCUUACAUGGGAGAAACCACUCCUUUCAAGAAUUAUGUGUAUAGGUACCCUACCCCUUACAUGGCCUCCAAUAGUAGCACUCCUCUUUGGUAUUCUAUCAGACGAGCAUCUGCUCAUAUUAUUGUACUCAACAGCUAUUCUGGUUUCGCAACAUACACACCUCAGUGGAUUUGGCUCUAUGAAGAACUCCAAAAGGUUAACCGGACAGAAACACCUUGGCUCUUUGUUAUCACGCAUGUCCCGCUCUACAACAGCAAUGAGGCACACUUCAUGGAGGGCGAAGGCAUGCGAUCAAACUUCGAGAAGUGGUUCGUUGAACACAAAGUCGACAUAGUCUUUUCUGGUCAUGUUCAUGCUUAUGAGAGAUCGCAUCGUUACUCGAACAUUCACUACAAUGUUACUAGCGGCCCCUGUUAUCCUGUGCCUGAUGACUCUGCCCCUCUUUACAUAAAUGUUGGAGAUGGAGGAAAUCAAGAAGGUCUUGCUUCAAACUAUACCUAUCCACAACCAGACUAUUCUGCAUUUAGAGAAGCCAGCUAUGGCCAUUCAAUAUUGAAGAUAAAAAACAGGACUCAUGCAUUCUAUUACUGGAACCGGAACGAUGACGGGAAAAAUGAGGUAGCUGAUUCACUUAUAGUCUACAAUCAGUACUGGUUAGACAGAGAGGUAAAGAAGAAUCAUCUAAAGGGUGUCGUUGGUGAAGCUGCAAGAAACUACUGAAGCUGCAAGAAACUACUGAAGCAACUUAUCUAUUAUGUUCUCUAACCAAUGAAGUAUGUGGUCAUCUUAGAUAAUUAACUUAUAAUAAUCCUGCUGGCAUAUAGUUAAUUAUGGGAACCAUCCACUUCAUUGUAAGAAUGUGUGAUCUAUCAACGUAAUUUAAUAAUAAAAUGUUCCUGUGUUGGACAUUAAA